AUGGAUAAUUACAAGCCACCUGACGAGAAACUGGACGGAAAGACAAUCUAUGCGCAAGAGUUUGUAAACCGAGGCCCUCCAGAGUUGGUGAAGAUAACGCGACCAAAAACAGUCACGCAAAACCAGGGACUGAAAUUUCAGUCGGCCACCACUCACAACCAAACGUUCACACCCAAAGUGCCCAGCCCCCAAGCACCGUUUGGCGAACUCCCUUGUUACACGGGGGGAAUCCUCUAUCCUGAGAAAAAUGGCAGAUAUGACGUAACAACCUGGAAUCAAGACGUCUACCGUGGUAAAUUUGCGGCGCGCCCCGACGCCUUCAAGCCUAAAGAAGCGCAAGUGACCAUUGGUAUUGAAGGAGAUCACCUCUUACAAACGGUUCAUAGGGAUGCUUUCAAGACACCAACGAAAGACGUCAGGCCGGAAAUGACUAUUCGCCAGCCGACGCUCAAGACCCAGAAGCGCGCCAAGUUUCAGGGCGAAACUCAAGCUAAGAGCGACUUUCCAGGUUUCGGCGCGAAAAUGCCGUUGCCACCUAAACCCGUUACACCACCACCCGCCACUCUCCGAUUGGCUAUGGACAACGGGCGUGAUUUUGAAACAACCAAUAAUAGCUUUUACAAGAUCACGUGGGAUCCAAGGAAGAUUGAACGCACAAAGGCCCUAAAGCCGGAUAGCGACGAGUAUGUGCCUCCAGAAACAAAAUUUGCCACCACCACCAUCACCAAAGAAGAUUUCAAAGAAAAAGAACCCGUGAAAGUCACGAAAAUAAGGCCACCUUCCAAAAUCGAGCCAAACAAAGCGAAAUUCUUCGACGAAACUGCCUACAACGCUCAGUUCAAGCCAUACAGCAAAGUUCCUUACAUCCGCUACGGUGAUUUCCACGAGACAAACUUUUACCGCAAGCCUCUUGUGAAAUUCUACACAGACGGAUCAGUGACAACGCAAGACUUUAAGGGCGCUGAAGGUGGACGGCCGCGCACUUGUAUUAAACCAGAGGAGAGGUUUGAAAAAUCAACUGAAAAGAUGGAUGGUGCAACAGUUUACAGUGAGGCGUAUAAUCGCAAGAAGCUCCCGGACUGUUCAUAUUUAGAAUGGAUGAGCAAACACUUGGCGAAAAAGGCUUUGGCUACCGUAUGA